AGGAGGGCAGGGAGGGGCGCUACGCAGGGCACAGUCACAUGGUUCAUUACUGGAGAGUGAGGGGGGAGGAGGAUUUGGGAGACCACCAGGGGAUGGGAGGUCUGGUAGCUAUGGGAACCUGGAUGGAGGGAUUGGGGUCGCGGAAGAGAGAACGGAUGGAGGAGGGGUGAGGGAGGGGGGUAUGGAGAGGAAUGUAAUGUGUGGGUCGUAUCAGUCCGGGAUCAAUGGGUCACUGGGGAGGGGAGGGGGGAGUCAGUUUGCCCUUGACCUCCAUCCUUCCCAAACAGUGCAGCCCCACCUGACCACGGAAAACCCCCACCCCCAGACCCCCCCUUACCCAGCACAGCCCCACCGCCAGAACCCUGUCAACAGACUGAUCAGCAGGUUUGACGGCAGCAGCAGUACCAGAGGACAACAGAGGGGGCGCUCUCCUGUAGCAGAGGACCCUAGAGACACCGCCUCUCCUUCCCACGCCCCCAACCCCUACUCCUCCCCUCCCUCCUCCACUCACUGCAGCCUGGGGCAGGGCCAAGGCUCCGUCGGCAAGGCAACGGUCAAACCAGCCAAUCCGUGGGCUCCGCCAGGGAGGUUUGUCGCUGUGGAGACGCCGUCAGCCAAUCGGACAGACCCUCUGAGUUCAGAGGUCACCAGUGAGGAGGAGCAGGUCAUGCAGACCAUCUACAGCAUCCUCAGAGAAGGGACUAGUGAGAGUGACUCGAUCAUCAGACACAAAGUCAGGGUGAUUUUCCAGAAGAUCCAGGGACUCAAGCCCGGUGAGAGCCCUGGUGAGGAGUGGAGGAGAGAAAAGAGGGAUCUGGAGAGGAAGAUGAUGGAGCUACAGACCUCCCUACAGGAGGAGAGGAGGGGCUCUGUGGGCAGGUCUGAUCCUGUGUUAAAGGCAGAGCUGGAGUCAUGUCUGGAUGAGAACAUGCAGCUCCAGGAGACUCUGGACAGGAAGAAGACUGAACUACACCAGACACACUCAGAGCUGAGUCAGUUGCAUAUGGAGAGAGAGAGUGCUGAGUCCAGAGUCAGAGAGAUGGAGGACCAACUGGUUGAACUGCAGGAGGAGCUGAGGAGAGAGGAUGGCAACAAGACGGACCUGGUGACGUGCCAAGCGUCUCUGUCUGAGGUGUCCAUGUUGAAGCAGAAGCUGGAGGAUUCUCUGAGACAGAGAGAGAGGGAGCUGACAGCCCUGAAGGGAGCUCUGAAGGACGAGGUGGCCACGCACGACAAAGAGAUUGAGACGCUCCGAGAACAGUACAGCACUGACAUGGAGAGACUGAGGAGUACCAUGGAGCAGGUGUCACAGUCUCAGGCAGGUAUCGAGGCAGAGCGGUUGCGUGUGAAUGCGUCAGUGCGUACUCUACAACAGCAGCUGGAAGACUGCAGGGACGAGAGUGGCCACUGGAUGGAGCAGUUUCACAGUACUAGAGAUGAACUACGGACCACCAAACAGGAGAUACUGCAGGCUCGUCUGGAGAAAGAGGAGCUUGAGGAAGAGCUGAAUGAACUACAGGAGAGAGUCAACACCAUGAAACAGAAGAUACCAGAUCCCAGUCAUACACACACACUCAACCAGGAGCUGCAGAGUUUGCGUGCCGAUCUGCAGCAGGCCCAAUCAGAGGCAGAGAAGAAAAGGGUGGAGCUCGAUAAAAAGGUAAUGGAGGUAAUCUCCCUGAAGAAGGCCAACCAGGAGCAGGAGGCGGAGCUGAAGUAUGAGAUGGACAGGCUGAGGGACCAAUCAAAUCGAGCCAAAGAGGAUCUGGCCAAGGCCCAGGAGAAAACCAAACGGCUCCCUGACCCGUCGGUAGUGUCUGGCCUGCAGUCAGAGCUGACUGAUGCUCGUGGGGAGAGAGACCGACUGGGAGAGAAACUCUCCAGCACUGAGCAGGAGCUGCAGUCCAACACAGAGCGGCUGGCCAGAACCCAGACAGAACUAAACGCUCUCAGAGACUCACAGCAGGAGCAGGAGGAGGCUAACACACGCCUCCGAGAGAAACUCUCACGCCUGGAGGCCCAGCUGGCGUCCAGUGCGUCAGAGAGUUCGGAGGCAGAGCUGUCCCUCCAGGCGGAGUUGAGGGGGCUGAGGCAGGAGCUUGACGAGGCCAGGAGAGGAGCCUCUCGGCUGGGCCAGGACCACCGGCAGCUCAGCCUGCGUCUGGAGGAGAGGGAGAAGGAGAGGGACCAGCUCACACACACCAACACACAGCUGGAGGAACAGAGGAGACAGCAGGAGCGGUCCCUGGACAAACUCAAUAAGGAGUUUGAGUCUCUGUCCCAGUCGUCUGGUGAGGAGGUGCAGGUUCUCAGGGCCCAGCUGGAGGAACAGAGAGAGAGAUCUCGCAGGGAGACACAGGAGGCCCAGAGGCAGGGCAACGACAGACUGGUAGAACUGGAGAGGAGCCAGACCUCCCUCAAGAGACUGGAGGAGGAGGCGUCCCGUCAGAAGAAGGAGCUGCUCUCUGUGGUUGAGGAGAGAGACACUGCUCAGCUGGACAAGGAGCUGCUCACCAACCGCCUGCACCACCUAGAGGCUGAACUGGAGAACAGCAGGAGCAGCCUCACAGACAAGAGCAGGGAGCUCCGCAGCACAGAGGACAAGAUGAAACGACUGGAGCUGGAGCUGGAGGAGGAGAAGGGAUCUGUGGAGCUACUCACUGACAGAGUCAACAGGACCAGAGACCAGAUAGAGCAGCUGCGUUCAGAGCUGAUGCAGGAGAGAUCCUCCAGACAGGACCUGGAGCUGGACAAGAAUGCCCUAGAAAGACAUAUGAAGGAGUUGAAGACCAGAGUAUCUGAUAUGGAGGGUCAGUCUCGUUCCUCAGUAGGAGUGGCUCAGCUGGAGAGUAAAGUUCACGAGUUGGAGGAACGCCUCCACAGCGAGGAUAGGGAGAAGAACUCCAUGUUGUCGUCUCAGCGUCGCCUGGAGAAGAAACUGAAGGAGCUCAACUUUACCCUGGAGGAAGAGAGACAACAACACACAGAGCAGCGAGACCAGCUGUCUCUGCGUGUGAAGGCUCUGAAGAGACAGGUGGAUGAGGGGGAGACAGAGGUAGAGAGGAUGGAGGGAUUGAGGAGGAAGGCCCAGAGAGAGAUGGAGGAACAGAUGGAACUAAAGGAGGCCUUACAGGGCAGAGUCACCGCGCUGGAGACUGAGCUCAAGAGGAAGGUGCAGCAGGCACAGCGUCAGGCCCUGGACUCGUCGGCUCUGAGCUCUGAGGAAGAAGAUGAUGAAGGCCUGUACGACACCUCCAGCAUCACCUCCAUCCUCACUGGGAGCAACCUACACACCAGCUCCUGCUAGAGGGAGGGGGGGGGUAAUGGUGGUGCUAGUGGUGGUGGUAGUAGUAGGAUAAAAAGGGGGUAUUCUGAGCACUAUAGAGAAAAGGAAAAGGAGAAGGAGGGAAGAAUGUAGGAGGAUAGAGGGAAGGAGGGAGGGAGGGAGGUGGAUUAAAGGGAGUAUUUUAAGCACUACAGGGUUGUAGGGAGGGAGGGUAGUAGUGGGAGAGAGGGGGUUAUUCUAAGCACUACAGAUAGACAUCUACACACAGGUACAGGACACUGGGACAGGUCUAUGGACCUGCUAUAAAAACACUGUCUGAAGGAGGGAGGGAUCACAGGUUCAGGGAGAAGGAGAGGAGGAUGACUCACUACACUGGACAGUAGACUCCUAGUGGUACUGAAGUGGAGGAUUGUGGGGGUGAAUAAGCUCAGAUGCCCAGGAGGAAUACAAGACAAUAUACAUUUAUACCGUAACAGAACACUAGCACAUUCUCCCCUAGAGAAGAACAGGCAGUAUGACUCACUGUCUAAAGCACUUACAAUGACUUACAGGACUGACUGACUUACAGGACUGACUGACUGACUGACUUACAGGACUGACUGACUUACAGGACUGACU